CAGGUGUAUAACAGCAAGUUACCUUACCUGUACAAGGUGUGAGGAGUUGAAACGAAAACAAACGCGUCAACAAGCAAGACGAAGCCUGUUUUUGAAAAUGAAUAAUCCUAUACCAUCUAACUUGAAGUCUGAAGCGAAGAAGGCUGCCAAAAUCCUGCGAGAGUUCACCGAAAUCUCAAACAGAACUGGACCUGACAAGCUCAUUCCAGCACAUGUCAUCGCCAAGGCCCAGGGGUUGGCCAUCAUAUCAGUCAUCAAGGCAGGCUUCAUGAUCACAGCGCGAGGUGGCAGCGGCGUUGUGGUGGCACGGCUGCCUGAUGGACGAUGGUCUGCUCCCUCUGCUAUUGGUAUCGCUGGUCUUGGUGGAGGGUUUGAGAUCGGUGUUGAGGUGUCAGAUCUGGUUAUCAUCUUGAAUCACAGGAGGGCCAUUGAUGCUUUUACCAAAGGAGGCAACUUGACCCUGGGAGGGAACUGCACUGUAGCUGUGGGACCGCUGGGCAGGAAUAUUGAAGCAGAUGUGGCAUUUCGCAGCACUGCCGCUGUCUUCACCUACUGCAAGUCACGUGGCCUGUUUGCUGGCGUGUCGCUGGAGGGAUCCUAUCUGAUCGAGCGCAAAGAGACCAACAGAAAGUUUUAUUCCCAAGACAUCCGUGCAUUCUCCAUUCUGAAUGGGGAGGUGGAGCCACCCCCUGCCGCUCAGGAUCUGUACACCAUUCUGGAAGACUACACGGAGAAGUAUACCAGUGAAUGGCAGCGCAAAAACCUGAGGCAAUCCACCAAGAACUCUGAGCCUCCGUCGAGACCCCGUGCCCCCGCCAAGCCGCCCACACCCAGCCUGAGGGCAGAAGAUGUAAGACCAUCUGUCUACCCCAGUAUCUCUUCCUUAAAAUCAGAGAGUGCAGGAGUUAAACACCAUGCAUGGCCUUCUCAGGCUGGACUGCUGGCAGAGGUGGAAAACUCCAGUCCUCAAAAGUUCUUGAGCAGAGGAGCGAGUGGCCCACUUGUUGUCACGGCAGUGCAUCCUUUUGUGGCCCAGCAGCCAGGAGACUUGAGCUUCAACGCUGGAGACAGGAUCACGGUGAUCACCAAGACUGACUCGCACUAUGAUUGGUGGGAGGGUCAGCUGCAGGGGCAGGUUGGCAUCUUCCCUGCAAACUUUGUAUCCUAUAACUGAGACAGUUACACUGAGCCUGGGUCAGGCAGCCCAGCACUUUAUAUCCUAUAACUGAGAAAGCAGCACUGAUCCUGGGUCAGGGUCUUCAGUUAUCCUCAAUAUGCAAUUUGUAAUGGGUUUGGGAUGUGUACCAGAGUUAGCUUCUGAUCAUUUGUGGUGUUUUUAAUGAUUUUUUCUUUUUUGGUUUUACAUGGCAUCAAUAUGUUUACAUAUUCAGCGCAUUCUAAAUAUUUAAGCAGCAUGUUAUCCUUUAAUGGUGGUUUAUCCAUUUGGGGCUCAGUCUAUGUGUAUUUAUAUGAUUGGUUUUACACUUAAUGAUAUUAAUAAUACGCUGUAAUGGGACAAAUAUUUUAAGAGUCUGAUUACAUGGCCCAACUUGACUUUUGGCAUUCCAUUUUCAUUGCUAAUACUGUUCUUAUCUACAGCAGUACAGUGGUAUUAGCAUCCAUCUCACUGAGUCAUGGACAAUGGCCCAAAAGUAACAGCUUAAAUUAAUUAAAUAGCUUGUGGAUGCAACUCCAGUACUAUAUUAAUUGUGAUUAAUCAAAUCAAAAUCCCAGAUCAGAUCAUUCCCAGUGGGAACAGAGGUGAAAGUAGUGCACUCAGUCCUGGCUAUGCAGCUGCUCAUGAUGGCAUCUAUAAAUGGAGCCAUGCAUUGCUGUCCACAGGCAUCAACACAGAAUGAUUUUGUUUGGACUAGUCUAGUCAAACAUCUUCCCAGGGUGUAAUGUGAUAAAAACAUAUUUACAGUACUUCUGCAAGGCUUCCUCAGAUCUCAGCCUCCUAUAUAUGCAACUUUUGAACAGUCAAGCUAAGGAAGAUUUAGCGAGAGAAACCCUAGAUCUCAUUUAAUCCACCAAAAGAGGAUCUGCUUCCCAAAUUGACGAAUAUUAAAAAGGAAUAAAAUUCCCUCACCUCUACCCUCUAUGCACUGCAACUACUGCUUGGCAAAUUAAAUUGUUAAC